GACAGCAUACACGUCUAGUCUAGAUCUCGAUCAUCUCGAUCUAGUUCUAGAAUAUUUUCUUUUUUUUUCAUCCCCAAAAAAGUAUAACUUCCUGGACAAAUAAAUACCUUAUCAUUAGUAUAAGGUUUAAUCUAAACAUGAACUAUAACAGUAUUGGGCAGCAUUCUUAUCAGAGUGGUUCUGAUAUUUCUUUCACAUCCAAUGACAAUACAUGUUCACAGUCUAUGGAAGGCUAUGACUAUGAGUUUGUACCUCCUGUUGAACAGAGAUAUGAAUGUCCUAUUUGCUUGCUUAUUCUUAGGGAGCCUCGUCAGACCAAGUGUGGGCAUAGAUUUUGUAGAGACUGCAUUAUAAGAUGGUUGAGAGCACCAUGUACACGUUGCCCGGUUGACAAUGAACAACUUGUAGAGAAUGACGUCUUUCCUGACAAUUUUGCUAAAAGAGAAAUUUUAAACUUCAAUAUCAAGUGCCCAAAUAAAAAAGAUGGUUGUGAUGAAAUUGUUACUCUGGGUAAAUUACAGAAUCAUUUAGAUAUAUGUCAGCAUUCUUUAGUGCCCUGCCCUAAUAGAUGUGCCUCCAUAUUGCAUCGAUGUGAUUUACAGGAACACAUGACACAACAUUGUGAGUUUCGAAUAAUAUUCUGUGAAAAAUGUUCAGACAGCAUAAAGGCCAAUGCUGUCGAGAGUCACAGAUUAGUGUGCCCAAAUGUCCUUCAGACUUGCACUUACUGUGGGCAGAGUAAACCAAGAGCUCAGAUGAAAUCCCAUGUGGAGAUUGAUUGCCAACAUGUUCAAAUCAGAUGUAUGUUUAACUCACUUGGAUGUAGAGAUCAAAUGCUGCGCAGUCUGGAAGAUGAGCACUUAAAGUCUCACAGUAUUGAACAUCUGAACCUCCUGUGCCAUGCAGUCAACAAAUUAGUCAACCAUUUUGAAAAUAUCAUCAAUAAACCAAGCAAUGGAGAAGUAGAACUCAGCAGCCGACUCUUAAGAUCAACUUCUACCUCAAGCAAUACUGUUUCUUUCAAGACAAGCAGCAUGUCUCCUUUGGAAGGUCCAUUACUCAACAAUAAUCCAUUCACAGAUCUUUAUUUAACAGACACUAAGAUAGAACACCCAAUGACUCAUGAGGAGAGUUUUCUCUCUGGCGCUUCCAAUAGUCCUAGCACUGGCCCGAGCAGUCACUCCACAUUUCCAAACAGAAAUCCAUUGUUACUUCAAAGAGCUAAUGCCAACUCUGAUAUCUUCCCAUAUGAUAACUCUGCCAUCAAACAAGUGGUACAGAGUUCCUCCUCUGUAAGACUAGUUCAGGAAUUGAAGUCUUCCUUUGAGGAACAAAUGUCUGUACAAAAGCAAAAAAUUGAAGAGCUGACCCAUAAGUUAGCUAGCAUGGAACAGUUAAAUGCUGACUUGGCACUGAAAGUUGGGAAGCUUAAAGGAGAACUAGAAGAGAGUGAAGGCAGGUUUUGCAAUGGAGAUUUCUACUGGAGAAUUCCAGAGUUCAGCCAGUAUCAAAUGAAGGCUAUCUCUGGGGAACCCAGCAUGCUCCAUAGUCCUCCAUUCUAUACUAGUACAUGGGGAUAUAAAAUGUGCAUUCGAGCUAAUUUGGCUAGCAACUUGAAUGAAAAUGCUGGACAUUUUCUCUCUCUGUUUAUUCAUUUUAUGCAAGGUCACAAUGAUCAUUUUAUCACAUGGCCUUUCUCAGGGAAGAUAAUUCUUAGUAUUAUAGACCAAAAUCCAGACCGCAAUUCACAGGUCAACAUUAGUGAAACUUUAAUUGCAAAACCCAAUCUGAUAGCUUUUCAAAAGCCUACUAGUUUUAGAAACCAUAAAGGCUUUGGCUACAUUGAAUUUAUUUCUUUGAUGACACUGAAAACUAAAAACUAUCUAAAGGAUGAUUCAUUGAUAAUUAGAGCUCAAGUGUUUCCUGAAAAUAAUUAACACCUUUAUGAGCAGUGUACCUUAAGUACAGGAGACAAAAAAAAUGUGUUGGGGGGGGGGGGGGGGGUAAGAAUGUUAUGGCCCAUUUGAAUUACUUUGAAGGGAUCCAUUUGGUUCAGUAAAUAUUCAAGUGCCCACAAAGCAUGUCAAAGAAAAAGAAAAUGAAGAUUAGCAAGAACUGAAUAAGAUAGAGACAGUGGAAAUUUGGCAUGUACAUUAUACAUUGCUAAUGAGAUUUUAAAGUGACUUAAAGGACUUCUCUGUAGUGUCUAAUAUGUUAAGUUUCAAAGACAAAAUUAACAGAUGGACAGAAUCUCACAGUUAUUCAGGUGGACUGGCAGGAAGACAUUGAUUAUGAAACAAAUGUUCAACAUGUAGAAAUGAAGAAAAUUUGUUUCUCAGAAUAAUUCUAAUAGGUAGAACCAUUGUAGUUUCAUAGCUUGAUAUAAAAAGAUUGGAAAUUUCUUUUAAAUCUAUUAACAUUUGAAACUGUAUCUUGGUGACAGAUGGAGUACUUUUGCAUAUUUCUGAUGUGUGGCCUAGUGGCAUAAACCAAUGGAUUAUUUUAGACCCAAACCAGUUUUCUGGCUGCUGAGCAGUAAGCUCUUUUGCAGUCUUGCCAAGGAAAAAACAUGAUGUUUUUUUGUACAGGUUAUGUUGCAUUGUUCUUCAACAAAUCACUAUUGAUGACUUGACAAGACUGAGAAUGAUACUGCCAGUUCACUUCUCGCUGCAUUGCUGUAACAAACAAGCACAAAAACAAAAUCUCCUUGCUUACAGAAUGAGAUGUUUUAAGAGCAACAUCAAAUCAUAUAAGGCACAAUGACAACUAAAAGGUUGUUAAUGCCAUGUCAAAGUACCAAAUAUUACACCUGAAUAAAAAAAAAGAAAAACAGGUGCGGUUACAGUACUGUGAAAACAGCUUUUAGAGUAUGCAGUGUAAAAAGACAAAAAAGACUCAACACUACAGCAAAUCUUAAUCAAACCUCUUAGUUGUUGCUAAUAAAACUGUUAUGUCCGUGAUGACAAUGAUCCUACUUUGCCUAAGGCAAAUAUAUGGGAAAAAAAAAAGGGGGGGGGGUGUAGCAGAAUGAAUUCACUUUAAACAAAUUAUUACAGGACUAGAUGUGAAUGUCCAAAAUCUGCUUGUGAACUUUGUCUAUACUGUCCAUCAGUUAUAGCUUUAUCUUUGACUAAACCUGUAUACAUAGUGUAAGAUCAAUUAUUUAUCUUGACUGCAAUAAAUAUUAUAAGUAUUGAUACUGAAAAAGUCUGAUGAUAAAAAUAUUUUUGGACAAUUUUCUUGUUUUAUUUUACAUUAUAUAAAUUAACAUUUAUUGAUUGAUUAAUGGCUGUGUUUUUUUUUUUUUUAAGACACACUAAUACUAAUGUAAGCUACUGUCAUGUCACAAUUGUUGUUUUUGUACAGAAAUAAAAAUAAGUU